AUGGUCCCAUGGCGUCCAGAGCCAUGCCCGCUGCAAGCCGUGGGAACCGGAGCGGACGCGGGGACCGCCCGGCCGUCGGUUGCUUCGUUGGACUCCAGCAUCGACGGGGAGCUACUGAGAGCCAUCCCGCUCCAUGUUUGCUUGGCAGGAUGGGGUACCCGUCUGGCCGGCGGGCCGACGGACGGUUAUCACCUGAGCCGACGCGUGGAGCAGAUUGACGUCUUCCUGAGUCACGACUGGCAGACGCCUCGCUGGGCGAAGACCCUUGCACUGCUCAUGCACUUCAAUGGUGUGCCGGCCGCCAUUGCUAGUUUCUGCACUUGCGCCGUCUCGUGUGCUCUCAUUGCUCUCGACGCUCUGCCGGGCGGCUGGCCGGUUGCAACCGCUUGCACCUACAUCGCCUUCUGGUUCGUUUUCCUCGCCUGGCAGAGCAUCCGCCGCUGCUGCGGCCACCAGACGAUGGUCUUCCUCGACAGCCUGUGCAUCGCCCAGCACGACCAGGACCUCAAGAAGAGGGGCAUCCUCGGCUUAGCGGGCUUGGUCUCGAAGUCUCAGUCUCUUCUCAUCCUCUGGUCGCCGAGGUACUGCACCAGGCUGUGGUGUGCCUUUGAGCUCGCGUGCUUCUUGAAGGAUGACCCCUCAAAAUCGAGGCAGAUCGAGUUUGCGCCCGUCAGCAUGGCGCCGUUGUUGCUGGCGGCCUCAGUUUUCCUUUCCUUCACCUCGCUCACAUUUCAGACGUAUGUCAUCUUCGAGGAAGAGGGCGGCCAAUUCAUCCAGAUGUCGGAGACAUCCUUGGCGCUUGGCUUUACCCUGGGCAUGACGCUUCUGGUGUCCUUGCCCGUGAUUUUGGUCCUCAUGCCUGUGACGGUCUACUUCGGGGUACGGCUGAUGAUGGAACUCCUCCAGCUCAAGCAUCAGCUUGGUGGCUUCAGCAUAAGGGCUUCUGAGUGCAGCUGCUGCACUUCAGAGCACUGCGAUCCGCACACCGGCGAAGAGAUGCUCUGCGACCGGAAGCUGGUCUUCCAGACCCUGAAGAGGUGGUAUGCAGGCACGUCCUGUUCGCAAGAGGGUCAUCUCGACGAAUUCGACGAACUGGUUCAAAGCCAGCUCAGUGCUUCAAUGCUUCGCAUCCUGGGGUCUGGUGCUCCUCCUCUCAGGUAUGUGGCCGUGAUCACUCUCCCGCCGGUCGUAGCCCAGCUAGGACAGUAUGUCGCGAUGGGGCUGGUGGACACUCGGGGUUGGGCGUUUGGAAAGUGGCUGAUCGACUUCUGCAGAUUUCCUCCCAUCGCGCUGUUCGUGUUCUGGGAGUUCAUGAUCAUUUGGAGGAAAGGUGCAUCCAUGCAUGGCCGCGUCUCCCUCUGGGUUCUCGCUCUCGCCACGCCUGGCAUCUGCUCCUUUCUUGCUAUCUGCCUUCUGCUACCGUAUGAGGUGGUGAAGUAUGCCGUGGAGCCAGCCAGUCUGCUCACUGCAUUCCCCAUCGCCUUCAUGUGGGCUGCCGUGGCUUUCCUCUACUUUCGCGAGUAUCGGCACGUCUGA